CUCUGAAACCAGAGCCAACUUGGCAUCCCUGCCCCUGCGGGAAGGGGAUACCGUCCUCCUGGUGGGAGGUCAGUUCCUUUACUGCAGUGUGCUGGGGAGGAAGGCGCCAUCCCAUAACCAUCGUUGGAGGUUUUGCAACCAGAUGAGUAAACCCUUCAGGGCUGAAGGCUGAGCAGCGCACAUGCAGGGCCAGGGUGCUGCUCACCCAUCAGCGCUUCCUGCACCUCGUCCUGGGCCUGGGCCCUUUACCAGGCUUUGGGGAUGACUACUGACGGAGCUCAACAGGCCCAGGCAGCUGCUGCCUGAGCCACCCAUGGGUGUCCCAACCGCCUGGGGAGAGACGGCCACAUUCCAGGCUCCGGGCUGGCUGGGAGGCUUGGCAGCGAGUUCCGACAGGAGGGCGGCCCGCGCUUGGGUGGGCCAGCACCCCGGGAGGCCCCAGGCUGGGGAGAUGGAAGAACAGGUGUUCAAGGGGGACCCAGAUACCCCUCAUUCCAUCUCCUUCUCGGGCAGUGGAUUCCUCUCCUUCUACCAGGCCGGGGUGGUGGACGCCUUUCGGGACCUGGCUCCCCGGCUGCUGGAAACGGCCCAUCGCUUUGCUGGGACGUCGGCAGGUGCGGUGAUUGCAGCCUUGGCCGUCUGUGGGAUUGAAAUGGAUGAGUACCUCCGAGUCCUCAGUGUGGGUGUGGCCGAGGUGAAGAAAUCCUUCUUGGGGCCCUUGUCCCCGUCCUGUAAGGUGGUGCAGAUGAUGAGGCAGUUUCUGUACCGGGUCCUGCCUGAGGACUCCUACAAGGUCGCCACGGGGAAGCUCCAUGUGAGCCUCACCCGGUUCACGGAUGGAGAGAGUGUUGUGGUUUCAGAAUAUACAUCCAAGGAAGAGCUCAUCGAGGCCCUGUACUGCAGCUGCUUUGUCCCUGUGUACUGUGGCCUCAUUCCUCCAACUUACCGCAGCGUGCGGUACAUCGACGGGGCCUUCUCGGGCAUGCAGCCCUGCUCCUUCUGGACGGACUCCAUCACCAUCUCCACCUUCAGUGGUCAGCAGGACAUCUGCCCGCGGGACUGCCCCGCCAACUUCUGUGACUUCCGCAUAUUCAACUGCUCUUUCCAGUUCUCCCUGGAGAACAUUGCCAGGAUGAUCCAUGCCCUGUUCCCCCCAGACCUGGUAAUCCUGCACGAUUAUUACUACAGAGGGUACGAAGAUGCUGUUUCGUACUUGAGGCGGCUGAAUGCUGCUUACCUUAAUUCUCCUUCCAAGAGAGUGAUCUUCCCCUGGGUAGAAGUGUACUGCCAGAUAGAACUCGCCCUUGGCAAUGAGUGCCCUGAACACUGUCAACCAAGCCUCCAAACAGAGCGGGCCAGUCCAGAAGAAUCCAGACAACUUCAUACACAAUGGGCUCCCAAAGGGGAAAGAAAAGGUAGCCGUGAUCCACCUCUGUCCCCACCUGUGCAGACACCUGAAUCCACAUGUGAGUGGCCUGUGGCGUCACCUGUUUCACCACCUGCAUCGCCACUGGCCUCAUCACCAUCACAUUCUCCAACUGACUUGCCACCUGUAUCACUCCCAGCUGUGCACUUCCUCCCCAGCUCAACACCUGGGCUGUCACCCGUAUCACCAUCACAGCAGGUACAACUGACUGGAUCACCACCCAGAUCCCCACCCCCCCAGUCAUCUAUGUCAUCCAGGACGUCCCUGGGGCCUUCCGCUGUGGGCACAUCUCCAACAUUGCCCCAAUGUUCUUCUUCAGCAUCACCUGCACAGCCACCUGUGGAGGAACUGGGCCCAGAACAGCCCCAAGCUCCCUGUGCUUCUUCAAAUUCCAAACACACUGUGCCUCUGGCUAAUGUGAAGGAAACCAUGAGCAAGCCUUAUGCAAUACAAGUGUCUCCUCAAUUGGGAACAUGUUCUUUCAUUUGGUCAGGGGAGAGGGCCCAGCUAAGUGAUAUUUUCCAUCUCUUUAGGUGCCCAAGGAGCACUGGGUUCCUUUUCUGGAUGUGAUUUCAGUCCAUCCCCUUACCGUUCGCAAACCACCACUCCCUCUUCUCUCUUCCUCAGUGAAGGCAACGUGUGGGAUAUGAGCCUAUUCAUACUGACAGUGUCAUUCCCCCCAGUCCCUGCUGGGCACACUGGGGAAUGUACCUUCUCUAAAUGCAGUGGGAGAGUGUGUACCCCUCCUCAUAACUGACUCUCUGUUGAUGUCUCCGUUCAAAAGAGCUGGCAGGCAUGUUACAUUCUAGCCUUUGGUGGAUCCUGCACAGUAUAAGUUAAGAGACUCUACCAAAAAUUUCCCUUAAUCCAAAUUAUUUUCUAUCAGAAUAAAAAGAGGGCUAAUAUUCCUGUGUUAUAGAUUGUCCCCAGAAAAUCUUUUUCCAUAAUGCGCACCAACUGUCUGGGUUGCUGGGUUGUUUAACAUGUACUCCAUUAUUGUCUUUGCAGUGACUGGGAGAGGGCCUGGGGAGCUGUUUCUUGUUUGUUUGUUUUGUUUGUUUGUUUUUUCCUCUCCGGGAACCGCAAUACCCAGACUCCUUUGCUGACUGAAUGCCAGUGGGCUUAGCCAGUGGAAUGCAGCAGCAGGAGAUCAGAGGGUGAAUCAAGGGUAUUUCUGCCCCCCAACCUCAUCCCUUCCUGCCUUGGGGUAGCUCUGGCAGUGGCUGAGUUUUUCUAUGGCCACAGUUGCAGAGAACAGGGCCUGAGGCACAACUAGAGAGAAGCCCACACACAGAAACGAAAGAUCCCACACGCCUCAACAAAGAUCCCGCGUGCUGCAACUAAGACCUGACGCAGCCAAAUAAAUAAAUAAAUAUUAAACAAACAAACAGGUGGGUGCUCAUGUGACUCAACAGGUAGCGUUCCUGACUGUUGCCAAACUACAGCUAACGGUCCUGACCAAUGUAGGCCUGCUCCUUAUAUAGCUUUUGACUAUACUAGACUGUUGUUGAUUUAAUCAGUCAACCUUCACUGAGCACCUACUAAGUGCCAAGCACUCUUCUGGGUUCUGGGGAUAUCAAAGAUGAAUUCAACUUGAUCCCAAACUUUCAAGAAUUUACCCCAAAGUUGAACUUUAGACCAAAGACAAGAGUAAAACCAACUAAUUUGCCAAACUGUGAGCCCCAUAUAAACCAAGUCUUAAUUUUUUUACUGAACCAUAAAAUUGUUUUUAAAGGCACAUGCAUAUAUACAUACACACUCACAAAUUCAAAAUGCCAGCCUCAAACCCAAAUCAAGCCGGGUAUCAUCUACAGUUAUUUCACAGGAUUAUUGAAGUAUUCUCUGAAUGGAACAGACCUUGCUAUUUAAUUUGCUUCAAGCCUUAAUUGGUUGGAAACAUUUCUAACUCUUUCUAUGAGACAUCCAGUCCUGGGUGGGAGUCCCUGGGUAGGCACAGGGAUGUAUCAGGUAGAUGAGGGUCAGAGGCUCACCCUGGCAGCCAUAGGCCCACUGCAAAAUCUGGGCAAGUAGGUACUUGGUAGGUGGUAGGAAGCAGUAUGGUGGGGAGGAACUUCAGAGCUUCUGCAGGAAGUAGGGCAGAUCUACGUGCCACUUUCUGGAUUAAAGGAUGGACAGCAAGGGUGUAGGACCCAGAGGGCAGUUGGUGGUUUCUGGGGUUUGUAGGAUCACUGCUGCCUGGGAUUAGUCUCACUCAAUUCCUUGGUCUCCAUCCCCAAAACUUCCCUGAACUUUGAGUCUGUCUCUAGAAGCUCAGGGUCAGAUUUGGUCAUGAGGAUGUAGGCAGGUCUGCCAUGGGUGUGGGGAAGCUUCCCUGCAGCUAGGAGUGCCCUCUGGAAGCCAGGUCCAGACUCGGGUCUUUGAUUCCAGAGCCAGGCCUCUUCCCAUACAUCAGAGCAUUGGGAACUGUGCAGUUCAGCCAGAGCUACCUUGGUUGAUAACCUUCUAGGAGUCAAGGUGCUUUAUAAAGAAGCAGGCUGUGAUAAAAAACAAGCAAAACAACAUUCAUAAGCUGUGGAAAACACUGUUGUCAGUGGGUCACACAUCCUGUGUGUGGUGCUCCUUUAUAGAACAGGUUAUGAAACUGCUUGGGGGCAAUUUACCAAUUGAUUUUAAGCAAUUCCAUGCUUUGAGUUCAAAUACAAGGUUAGUGGGCAGGGAAAAAAGGCUUAAAAAUAUUAGGCAUAGAGAGGUAGGAGUGGUCCAGGAAGAGGAAAGGUCUGUUCCAAAACUAUAAUCACAAGAGACAUUGUCACAUCCACAGGCUAGUCCUGUGUAAAUUCCUGGUCCCCAGCUGAUCUCUCUCCCAGCAGAGGAAAGAGUCUAGAAUAAAAGCUCAGUGUAAAUCUCCCAUACAUUAAUAUGUGUGUGUGUGUGUGUGUGUGUGUGUGUGUGUGUGUGUGUGUGUUUUAAAUUAGAAGUUCAAAUCCAUACCCUGGUGUGGGUUGUAUUAGUCAGUUAUUGCUGCUAUGAUAAUGCUGUAUAACAAAUGACCCUCUUCCCCCAAGAUCUCAGUGGAUUACAAAACAAACUUUUUUUUUUUUUCCUCUUUCAUAGGGCUAUGAGUUGGCUGGGAUAGCUCUGCUUAGGCUACAGGUUGGGGUCAAGUCUGCUCCCUGUCCCUUUUAUUUCCAGGACCAGCAGUAAUACCAGAUAUGCCCUUCUCCUGGAGCAUGGCUAGAUAUAUAUAUCAGCCUAGCUUUCCUCUGCUAGUCUUAUCUCUUCUUAGUGGUCAUUGGACUCAGGUUGUGUAAUUGACCUCAAAGUAGAGAGACAGAUUGAGAAGUUGAGAGACUGCCUACAGGCUACAAAUGGAAAAGGAGGAGGUCCACCUUGCUGAUUGCUACCCACAUCCUUCUAAUUGCUGCCAAGUCUGUCAGACUCCCCAAAUUUCCACCAUUAAAGAGCCCCUCCUUUGAGUUACUAUGGAAUUAGUAACUUAUUAAAAGUUACUAAUUCAAAGGUGAAUUUAAUAAUGGUUAAAACUUAUAGAGUAGUUAUUAUGUUCCAAGCACUGUGGCACAGAGAGGUUAAGUAACAUGCCCAAAGUCACACAGUUGGUAGAUGGCAGAGCCAGGAUCUGAAUCCAGAUCGUCUGUCACCAGAAUCUUGAUGUUGACCAAGUGGUACAGUCUCCUGGGGUAGAAGGAGCACUGGAGUGAGAAUCAGAAGUCACAGAGUCUAGUCUAGUUCCUCCGUUUGGGCAGGAGAGGCCUGGAGGUGCACUUGGAAACAUGGCAGGGGGUAGUUCAGGCUGGCUUAUGUGCCAUGCUAAUGAGAUUGAACUUCACCUUUGUUACUGGGGAGUCAUCAUAGGAUUUAAACAACACAAUGACACAGUCAGAUUUGAAAAUUAUCCAAGAAUGUGCAAGUCCACAUCCCAACAUUUCUCCAAGAUGAGCUCUUCAGGUGUCUUCCUGCAGUUUCCCAGAGGGCGCAAGUGACUUGUCCAGGGUCACACAGCAGGUGGAGGAGGGCUUGGAAAUCAGGGCUUCCAAUUGCUCCUUUUUGUCUCAUUUCCCCUCACAUGUGCUUAACCUCAACUUCUCGCAUCCAGGUCUGCUCCCUGCCCACUUGACUUCUCUCUGCUCUCCACUUCCGAGACAGUUUGGGUCACCUACAGACCUCAUCCCAGCCGGAUCAAGGAAUACAGCUGCCCUGAGGUGUAGAACUCCCCAGUGUGUCCCUGGAGACCAGACACUGCCUGUUCUGUCCCAGGAUACUGUGGUGACCUCUGAGCCCUGUUGCCCCAGCUUCCUUUCUACCCCCACCUGCUUCUUCCUAGUCACGGUCAGGGCCAACACUAGCCCAUAUAAUGCCUUGUACACUGAGAAAACAGCACCCCUUCCUUCAGAACUUGACUGCCAGCUGCUUGAAUGUUGUCAUAAUACACUGAUUUCGUUUGAACAAUUGACUGCCAACUGCUAGAAAGCUGUAUGAAUGACAUGUAUGUAUGUCUGUGAAGUGCUUACCCUUUUGUAUUGGCAGUGUACCCUUGGGCAGUGUGCAGUCUGAACAACUGUCCUCCGCACUCUGGAGGCCACUCCACUUCUUCCCUCUUCCUGCAAAACCAAAUACCAACCAGACUUUGGCAAGUCGAAUAGUAUUUCAAACACUCUUUUAUCAACUCCUGCUCUGCAAAUGGAAUCCUUCUUUUGCAAAAGACCCUUGUAUAAUAAAGUGAACCCUCGAACUGGC